UAAAGUUUGCAGUGACGGAUAUCUAAUACAGCUCGCGUAAUAAAGAAAACAGCUUAUAAGUCUUUAAAGAGUUUAAAAGACAAUAUGUCUGUUAAACAGAGGAUUGUGAUAAUUGGCUAUAUAUGCACGCAUUUAUUUUACGUACUUGUUUCCCUGUUUGUGUACGGCGCGUAUUUCACAGGUGAUGUCUCUUUGUAUAAUGUUUACAAAGACAGCCGUGAGGAAAAUGGAACUCUGUUGGUAAAGGAGGAAGUCACGGGAUAUAUAAAUAGAGCAGAGACCUUGAGAUGUGUUGCAAAUGCAAACAACAGUGCAAUAAGUAACUGUUCAUUACAAAAGAAAGCAAAUCCCUCUGAGAUGAAGUAUAUAGUUGUGACGUUGGUCCUGCUGUUUAGCUUUUAUAUAUCAAGUAUGGUUGGAAUGGCGUAUAUACUUUGUCGGUCAACCAGACGACGGAAGUUACUUUUCAAGGCUGUAUUUACAUUUAUAGUGACAAUAUACAUCCUUUUCGUCAUUGCUCACGUGCUAUAUGCAGAACUUGCGGGAAAAGCUGACGGCUUCAGCUGGCAUGACCUGUCACCGAUUUUCUUCAUAGGAUUUGCCAAUGUUCUGGUCACGCCAUUCGUUUCAAUUGUGUUCAUUUUACUAGCUCACGAACGAGGGAAAAACAUCGUGAAGACAAACGGCUUUAUUUACGCAAAAUUUGGCAUUUCUCGGUUAGAAAGCAUCGGGUCGGAUGACGGAAUAGCCAAUGAAAUAGAUAUGCAAGACGAAACAUUGUCCAUGCAAACUCUAUCAAUACAAGGAAGUGAAAACGUUGCUACUUGUGCUAGUAAAAUACAACAAAUGGUUAAACAAAUUUGGAGACCGGAAUUGGUCGGUUUUGGACGUGACGCAAAAGGAUUACGUCAUUCGGCAAUUAACAUAACCGAGACUAAACCAAUCGGAAACGAGAACGCGUAUCGGGCUUACUUAAAGAAAAAGAUGGAGAUCCAGAAAAUGAUUUGUAAAUGCGGCUGUAAACUGACAUCUCCCAGUGACUUUCCGAAAAUAAAAUCUGUUCUAACAGAAGCCUUUGUGAAAAGUAAUUCUUGUUUACAAUCAAGGCUAAACAGUGAUGUCAAUGAAUUUUACUUAUUUCACGGGAUUCCUUUCGACCAUCUUGAAUCCAUUGAACGAGAAGGACUUGAUUUUGAAAAAUAUCGGUAUUCUCAACUUGGAAAGGGGGUUUACUUUUCAGAGGACCCUGUUAAAGCCGACCAGUACACAGGUAAAGUAUCACAUCGUGUUUGAGAGAUUCGUUUUACA